AUGGCCACUAAGUCGCAUCCUACGAGUGGCUCUCAGGUCGCUGCCUUAAUUGCGGGCUCUUUCUUGUCCGGAGCUAUGAUGGAUAUUUCUUUAAUAGCUGUCCCAGUCCUUCUCGACACAGUAACCCAGCCCGCUCAUCUACUUCAGCAAUGGGGCCGUUUGUACUACUACGGCCACAAAAUGAUGCCAACACUGGGGGUUGCCGUCUUCACAUUGUAUGGCUACGCCGCAAUCAAAAACCGCGCAGUUAAGAGACCAUGGCGUUCGUUUUUGUUGGCUGGCAUCAUAACCCUGGUUAUGGUACCCUUCACCUUGAUCAUCAUGCGUCCGUUGAACAAUACAAUGUUUGAACUGGAGGCCGCGAAUAAAGAAACACCAGUAAUAGCUUUGGAAGAAGCCCAGAAGCUUUUGGUUCAGUGGCGUUGCUUGCAUGUAGUCCGAUCACUCUUUCCUCUCGCGGGGGCAGCACUUGGGUCUCUGGCCAUAUUUGGAGGAUUUGAGUUUUAA